AUGAAGCUGAUGGUUUUUCUGGAUUCAGAGGAGUUGGAAUAUGGCGAUUUCUUUCCGACCACGCUGGAAGCAGCAAUGCGCAGUGCCCCGCUUCAUAUAGCAAUUUUUUCUGAGAAUUAUGCAAAAUCGUCCUGGUGUUUGGCAGAAUUGUCAUAUAUGCUUAAAGUUGGCGCUAAAAUUAUUCCUGUUUUCUAUCAUGUAGAGCCUAAGGCAUUUAAGGGGCACGAGCAGAAGGGAAGAUACAGCCUGGAACAACUUGAGGAGUGGAAGAGGGCACUCUACAACAUCUCAUUCUACAACGGCCAAAUCAUUAGAACUAAUGAUGAUGAGAUGAGGCUGCUAAAGAAUAUUGUGAAUUGUGCUUUGAAACAAAUAACGAACGUGCCAUUGGUGGUUGCAAAACAUCCAGUCGGUCUGAAAGAAAUAGUGCAAGAUUUUGAGGUGAAUACACUCCAGUCUGCUCAGGGUGAUCAACUUGUACAAAUUGUGGGAAUUUGUGGCAUGGGUGGUUCUGGGAAAACUACCCUCGCAAAAGAGUUGUACAAUAAAAUAUCUUCUUCGAUGGUGAGGUCCAGUAUUGUGUUUGAAGUUCGAGAUGCUGCAGCCAAAGGUUUGUUGCAUGAGAAACAAAAAAAUGAUCUUGGGAUCAAAGGCAAAGCAUUUUACAAUAUUGAGGAAGGUAUGGGAAAUCUUUCAAGAUGUUUAACGUCUGUCAGAGUGUUGAUUGUUCUUGAUGAUGUGGAUAAUGUGGAGCAAUUGGAUGCUUUGUUGCCAGCAAAAGACAAUCUAGAAAGAGGUAGUAUCAUCAUUGUUACCACACGGGCAUAUGACGUUCUUAAAUGUUGGGGCAUCUCUUCUCUUUUUUGUUGGCCUGCCUUUUUACAAUCUUUUCCCCGUGAUGGAUUUGAGAAGCUUGUAAAAAGGUUUUUAAAGGCUUGUCAAGGAUUACCUCUUUCUCUUAAGGUAUCCGGAGGACAGCUGUAUGGAGAGUCCCGCAAAGAAUAUUGGGAGUCUUUGCUACAUAAUAUCUCAAGGAUAUUGCCUCAUGAUAUAAAAAAGAAACUUAAAAAUAGAAUCCGCAUUCAAGGGAUAAUGGCGACCUCAACUCAACUACGGUGGAGUUAUUAUACGGAAGAUGAGACCUUUCCAGCAAUGGUCGAAAAAGUCGGUGAGAUUGAUGACUCCCACAUUUCCUGCUCAAACGGAAACCUCAUGGUUAACACAAAUAGAGGAAUUUGGUCACUCGCACCCUCUUUAGUUGGACUAAAAAUUUUUGUGACAAGUGGGAAUUAUUUUAAUCAAGUGAUCGGUCAAGUAUCAGGAGAAUUGAUCUGGCUUCGCUGGUUCCAAAUAGGACAGCGAAAUCUUCCAUCAGGUCUUGUAUGGAAGAAAUUGAGGGUUUUAGAGCUCUACGAAGAUUGGAUCUCUUCUGCGGAACAUCACAUAGAAGAGCUGUGGGGGGAGACUGAGAGUGAGGCUCCUAUGCAGUUAAGAGAGUUGCGUGUUUCUGGAUGCUACAAGUUCCAACGGUUUCCAAAGUCAAUAGGGCGUCUCAAUCAUCUGGAAAAGAUAGUAAUCAUAAAGGGCUACAAUGAUACGACUCUGCCAGAUGAAUUUUGUCUUCUCCCAUCUCUGGAACACCUAGUGUUAUAUCAGUGUGAAAUGCUAUCAUCACUGCCCAGCAAUUUCGGUAAUUUGAGAAAUCUAAGGCAUCUAAACUUAUCCUGUUGCGCCAAGUUGAGGAGGUUGCCGGAUUCUUUUAAGAGUCUAAUGCUCUUGGAAUAUCUCAAUUUAGAGCAGUGUAGUCAACUCACAUUCACGUUAGAUGACUUAAACAUUCUGGAAAACAUGACAAAUCUUGGGUUCUUAAGUGUUUCUAAGUGCAAGCAAUUGAAAGAGUUGCCUUUCCACAUCACAAAUCAGGUGUUCUUAAGAGAGCUCUAUUUAGAGGGUACCAGUUUGAGGAAGCUGCCAGUUAACAUCUGUGAGCUCAGCGGGUUGAGAAAGAUCAGGAUAGGGAGCCUGUUGUUGACAAGCUUGCCGACCUCUCUUGCAGAUUUGUCUUUCUUGACGGAUCUUUCAAUUGAAGGUUGUCCUCAGCUGGAACGUUUGCCUGACUCUCUAGGAGGUUUGUCUUCUUUGACAAAUCUUUCAAUUCAAGGAUGUUCGGAGGUGGAAUAUCUACCUGACUCUCUUAAAGAAUUGUCUUCCUUAACGAAUCUUUCAAUUUCUCGUUGUCAUAAGUUGGAAUGUCUACCUGCGUCUCUUGGAAAUCUUACUUCCUUAAUGUAUCUUUCAAUUCAAAAUUGUCGCAAGCUGGACCGUCUUCCUGACUCUCUUGAAGGUUUGUCUUCCUUGACGCAUCUUUCAAUUUAUAGCUGUCCUAAGCUCGGCUGUCUGCCUGACUCUCUAGGGCAUCUUAAUCUAUUAAAGAGUUUGAAUUUAGUAAAUUCAGGAGUGAAAUCUCUAUCAAAAUCAAUUAGACAAAUGAAUAAUCUUGAAAUUUUUGAUAUAGAAAAUUGCCCAAUCAGCGAUUUGGAUUUUCGGACGGGGUCAUUACCUGUUGCCUUCAACAACUUGAGGUUUAUACAUCUACAAGGAACAGAAGUUUACACCAUUUCAAUUUCUGAAGACUAUUUUCCCCGCUUGAAGGAUCUCAGGAUUUGUUAUUGUCAGCAUUUAAAGGAGAUCGAAGCACUGCCAAGGACAGUUGAGUCAAUAUAUUUGAAAAAAUGUGAAAAGCUGGAGAGCAUUCCUCAUUUUGAACAAUUAAUCUCCCUCAGACGAUUUAGUCUAAGAGGCUGCUACCGAAUAAAGAAAAUUGAAGGUAUCGAAAAUUGUAAAAGUUUGAAAGGCUUGACAGUAGACAACUGCUGGGAGGUGCCUUGUAUAGAAAGCUUGAAAGACAUGGAGAAAUUAAGGCAGGUUAAUCUUAGAGCAAACAAGGGAUCAGCUAUUGUUGGGUGCAUUCAAACCAUACAGAAAUGGCCAGAUGAAAUACAAAUAUGUAUGCGCGCAGUCCCGGAUGCAUCCUCACUUAUAGACUCCGUUCUCUUUCAGAAUUUCCUUGUCGUUGAGUCCUUCUCUGACCAGAAAAUUCAAUCCAGGCCAAAACUGGUGCACAAGUGUUCCUCCGAUGGUCAUGCCUUUCUAUUCUGUUUUGUUAUAGUUUGUGUUGCUUCAAAAAUGAGACUGAGGAUGCACGGUCGUGACAGCCGGGGUGAGGUCUCUAACCGUCUAUCCAAGCUUGAAAAGGGUAGAUGGGUAUGGAUUGGUGUCUUCUCACAACGUUCCAUGGACUUUCUCUUCCCUAGCGAUGAGUUGUCGAUAGAUGGAGGAGACUGA